AUGCCUGAAACGAGGGGAUCGUUUCCACUCGAGAAACUACCAGAUGAGCUAGUGAAGGAGGUGUUCUCGCACCUGCCACAGAGCGAGCGGCUCAAAUUGUGCUAUUUGAAUUGGCGGUGCCACAGGCUGGCCAUGCAGUUGCUAUACAGUCGAAUAUACCUAAACGAUUCUAAUGUGGUGAAAAGUGAUUAUGUUGAUUUGGCAAUCAACUGGACGUUUCUAUACAUACCAUCGUUUCUGAAGGAGGAGGAGUCGCGGGCCGUGGCCAACGAGAAGCUGAAGAAGUUGAUCUGCACGUUCCAGACGAACCCGGACACACUGAAUCUGGUGCAAUGGGUGCGCAUCAAUUGGGAUUUGAAUCCGGUGCUGCAGAAAUCCAUUCUGUCCCUACUUUGCAAUAAGUCGCGCUCUCUACAGCGCCUCGAAAACGUCACGGACCCGAACUGCAACGACAUAGUGGCCUUCGGCUAUAUGUCGAGGCGUAAUCUGACCAGCUUAGACAUGGCGCCUCCAAAUUCUCUCCCCGAGCGUCCUGUGUGCUCCACAUAUAUACCAGCCCUGGCGCGGUACCUGCGUCAGCGCAUUUCCUGCAAACUAUCGCACAUGACGCUUUUUAUGGAUCCAGUACAGCUGUUCAACUGUAUAUACCCGCUGGAAUACAAGUUGCAAAUUCGAGAUUUGAAGUUGCACUGGCGGAGAGAAUUCUACCCGGUGGGUGAGUUUCAGGUCAGGCGCAAUUCGCCAUUACAGAAGUUAUCCGAAAUAUUCGACUUGCGCGCGCUGAAGGUGCUGACGAUCAUAUCUUGGAACGAGUCACUUUCCAAAAGGGAGCUUGAGAUGUUGCAAGAAUUUGAGGAAUUCACCAACAUUGAGGAUCUAUCAUUGAUAUCGGUUGCCCAGGACACCUUAGUGCUCAUGAGCUUGUUCAAUAAGCUCGUGAACCUUAAACGCCUAAAGAUGGACUUUUUGGAGAAUUAUGUGCCACAAGCCACGAAGCCGGAAAUUUUCUUAUCCAUCUUGAUCAGCUGCAAGAAAUUGCAGUUCCUCGAUAUCCGAUUUGAGGGCCUAGAUUCUCCCAUUAUUUCCAUGGAACAUGAGAAAUAUCAAGUUUUGCGUAAUUGUCCGUGUGCCAAGUGCGAGAAAACACAUGAUGAAAUUAUUAAUAAAAAGAUAUUCCAUUUCCCAGACGAUAAAAAAUUCAAAGAUAUGGAUGAGUUUAUGGCAAAAGACAUUUUUGCCAUGAUGAGAUAUCAAUCCCUACUCCCAUAUUCAAAGGCAUGUGACUCCUACCCAAGUGUUCGAACCCAACCCAUGAAUAUGGACCAGUUUGUCCAAAUCAUGAAUGAGAGCAUGCUGCUAUAUCGGAAGUCCAGGGGGCAAUUAAAGGAUCACCCCUUGGAUGCAGAAGAACUAGAUCUAUCCGAGGCUCUGGACCUGCUUCCACACGCUCCUUUCACCAGGCAAGAUGUGAUUGACUGUUUCCAUACUCUAAUACAUCAUUACCAGCGGACCUACGUUACCUUACUAUCGGAAUUCCCGGAGUUGAGAUUCUUAAUGCUGAAUGAUAUUCCGACAAUUAUAGUUGAGGAGAUCUCCGAGCGAAUUCCCCAUCCGGUGUUUUUCCACGAGGGCUAUUUUUCAAAUCUGCACGGCUGGACCUAUAGAUUUAAAUGGCGUAACAAUGACGAUAACAAGGAUGUCAUGACAGUAAACAGGCAAAUAACGCUUUGCUGA